AUGUGGUACGCGUACCGAAACACGUUUCAGAAAGUGAUUGCUGUCUUGCCUAUCAAAGUCUCCAGCCCAUCUCUCCCAGUGCUCCCAGUUCUCCCGGUCUGCUCCGGUUUGCUCUCUCGCCAUGCCGUCCCCACACUCGAAUGCGCGCUGCCGGCUGUACCCUGGCUCGGAUGUGACGCGGUGGCCCGUCCCGAGCGAGGGGGUGGGCUGGGGGGUGGAGUGCCCGCAGUACAGCCCGGUCCGGUACACAGCGCCGGCUGUGAUCAGGGGGCCAGAGUGGGCCGACCCAGAGAUUGGAGUGGACAACGGGUUCUGUCCUCAGUUCAAUGCGCUGGACGGUGCAGUGGACAGACGCAGCCACGAGGGCACUUACAGAGUAGAGAACGGCUAUCCACUGAACCCUCAUGGUCGAACUGGGAUUACUGGGAGGGGCUUACUGGGACGCUGGGGUCCCAAUCAUGCUGCCGAUCCCUCAUCACCAGGUGGAAAAGAGACAGCGAGGGAAGGAAGGUUUUGCACCCGGGUUCAAAGAAGUACAUCUUGCAGUUUGUGUCAAUCAAGCGCAAGGACUGCGGAGAGUGGGCUAUUCCAGGGGGGAUGGUGGACCCAGGGGAGAAGGUGUCAGUGACUCUGAGGAGGGAGUUUGGGGAAGAGGCCCUGAACGCACUGCAGCAAACAGAGGAGCAGAGAGAGAGGCUGAAGCAGCAGAUCACAGAGCUCUUCAACAGCUCCAGCUUCCAGGUGUAUAAAGGCUACGUAGACGAUCCCAGAAACACUGACAAUGCCUGGAUGGAGACUGUAGCUGUCAACUACCACGAUGACUCUGGUUCUAGUGUGGCCCAGUUGCCUCUGGAGGCCGGUGAUGACGCUGGGAAGGUGGCCUGGGUGGAAAUCGACUCGACCCUCCGGCUGUACGCCAGCCACGCCCGUUUCCUCGAGAUCAUCGCACGGGAGCGAGGCGCGCACUGGGAGUGAUUGUGUAACACACACACACACAUGCAUGACAUCAUCGCACAGGGUGUGAUUGCAUGACACCAUGGCGCAGUGGGUGAGGAUCAUUGUGGAGUGCGUUCAGGGCUGGGAAUCAGACUCCUGUUGCACAGCAGUGUGAUCCAGUCCAGGUUUUACUACCAGCUUGAUCAGCCCCCAGUGUGUCUAGCUAACAAGCUCAGAGUGAAGCUAGGAAUGGAUGCAUGUGUAACCAGUGUGUUGAGUACUGUGCUGCACUUGGAAAUAAAAACUACAGACAGA